UGCUUGACCUAGAUAAGUCCCUGAUGUGGUUGAAACACACCUCGGCGUUGGAAGGAGCGGGCCAGAAGAAUUGCGCUUGACAUUUACGUCUUUGGCUUGAUAGACUUAUGAAGAAAGUUUGUUCCUUGGCCUUUUGCCUCAAGCUUGGACUCAUUUUGAGAUUGAGAGAGAGGAGCUCGGAGAGUUUGAGAAAAAGACACUUCGUUAGUGAGUGACUCAAAGCCAUUGGAGUCACCUUUCGUGUCCUAAGGGCUUGCUGGCUCAGCCUGUAAUCCCAGCACUUUGGGAGGCCAAGAUGCGGCAUUCCAAACGAACUCACUGCCCUGAUUGGGAUAGCAGAGAAAGCUGGGGGCAUGAAAGCUACUGUGGAAGUCACAAACGGAAGAGAAGAUCUCACAGUAGUACACAAGAGAACAGGCAUUGUAAACCACAUCACCAAUUUAAAGAAUCUGAUUGCCAUUACUUAGAAGCAAGAUCCUUGAAUGAGAGAGACUGUCGGGACCGGAGAUACGUUGAUGAGUACAGGAAUGACUAUUGUGAAGGAUAUGUUCCUAGACAUUAUCACAGAGACAUUGAGAGCAGUUACCGGAUCCACUGCAGUAAGUCUUCAGUCCGCAGCAGGAGAAGCAGUCCUAAAAGACAGCACAAUAGACACUGUUCAAGUCAUCAGUCACAUUCGAAGAGCCACCGAAGGAAAAGACCCAGGAGUAUAGAGGAUGAUGAGGAGGGUCACCUGAUCUGUCAAAGUGGAGACGUUCUAAGAGCAAGAUAUGAAAUCGUGGACACUUUGGGUGAAGGGGCUUUUGGCAAAGUUGUAGAGUGCAUUGAUCAUGGCAUGGAUGGCAUGCAUGUAGCAGUGAAAAUCGUAAAAAAUGUAGGCCGUUACCGUGAAGCAGCUCGUUCAGAAAUCCAAGUAUUGGAGCAUUUAAAUAGUACUGAUCCCAAUAAUGUCUUCCGAUGUGUCCAGAUGCUAGAAUGGUUUGAUCAUCAUGGUCAUGUUUGUAUUGUGUUUGAACUGCUGGGACUGAGUACCUAUGAUUUCAUUAAAGAAAACAGCUUUCUGCCAUUUCAAAUUGACCACAUCAGGCAGAUGGCAUAUCAGAUCUGCCAAUCGAUAAACUUUUUGCAUCAUAAUAAACUAACUCAUACAGAUCUGAAGCCUGAAAAUAUUUUAUUUGUGAAGUCUGACUAUGUAGUCAAGUAUAAUUCUAAAAUGAAACGUGAUGAACGCACACUGAAAAGCACAGACAUCAAAGUUGUGGACUUUGGAAGUGCAACAUACGAUGAUGAGCAUCACAGUACUUUGGUGUCUACCCGGCACUACAGAGCUCCCGAGGUCAUUCUGGCUUUAGGUUGGUCUCAGCCUUGUGAUGUUUGGAGCAUAGGCUGCAUUCUUAUUGAAUAUUAUCUUGGCUUCACGGUCUUUCAGACUCAUGAUAGUAAAGAACAUCUGGCAAUGAUGGAGCGAAUAUUAGGACCCAUACCAACACACAUGAUUCAGAAAACAAGAAAACGCAAGUACUUUCACCAUAACCAGCUAGAUUGGGAUGAGCAUAGUUCUGCUGGUAGAUAUGUUAGGAGACGCUGCAAACCAUUGAAGGAAUUUAUGCUUUGUCAUGAUGAAGAACAUGAGAAACUGUUUGACUUGGUUAGAAGAAUGUUAGAAUAUGAGCCAACUAAAAGAAUUACCCUGGAUGAAGCAUUACAGCAUCCCUUCUUUGACUUAUUAAAGAAGUGAAAUGGGAAUCAUUGGUCUCACUAUAUACUUCUCUAGAAGUUACUUAAGACUGUGUCAGUCAACUAAGCAUUCUCAUAUUUUUGUAAACAUUAAAUUAUUUUGUACAGUUAGUGUAAAUACUGUAUGUUUUGUAUCAAUAGCAUAAUUAUCUUGUUAAGCAAGUAUAGUCUUGAUGUAUGAAAUAUAAAAGUUAAAGUUAAUUUUUCUUUGUGAGGUUAAUUACCAUUUUAAAGACCUUUGGAAUAUCCUUUGUGUCCAGUGGUAAAUGUGAUUGAUCUUGUCUUUUGUACAUGAAAGUCAACUUUGAAGUGAUUUUUUUUUUUAAGUAAAAGGAAAUCUUGACUACUUUU